AUGGGAAACGUUCUUAGCUGCGACUCCGGUGCCAAGCGGGCGGCCGAUGAUAUUGUGGAUGCCCCGCGACCUGUCGACUUCUCGCAGAAACCGCACGCCUCGUCGCCGAGUCAAUCCUCACAGAAUGGCAUCAAUAUAUUCACGCCACGGUCAACACUGACCUCGGAACAACCCCCUCCAUACAUGGAGCAGGAUACGCGCUGGUCGCAAUGCUUCUUGUCCGCCGUAAAGCUUGCGCAUGAGCAGGGCAUGCUGCGAUCUCUGCCCUCCCGGCAUGUCUACUUAUACAUCGACGACAAUUUUCGAGUUGGGAGGCAAACAAAGGACGCCAUCAAGCUCUUUGCCUGCUGCUUAGUCCUGAUCUUUCGAUCUUUGGAUGUCGAUGCCACCGUCUUCUUCACGAACCACAGAAACACACGCAAACUUCCGCAGGAGAUUCGGAACAGGGAGGAGUACCUUGAUGGACUAUUCGUCCGGAAUGACUGGUACGAAGCGCAAGGAUAUGUCGAAAACUUUCCCACAUACAGCCGCCACUUCUCUCUCAAGGAGUGGAUGACUGCCAACGAGGAUACGCCUGAGAAGUUUCUCAAGCUGUUGGCUCAUGUGCGGGAGAUGAAGCUGCAAGCCUGGGAGGGGUGGCACGUACGCGGAAUGGAGUCGGACGUCCUCCUUGCGCACACCAAGGAAGCUUUUGGAAAGUCGAAGCAGCAGCCGAGACUCCUCAACAGCCUCGCCUUCACCUUGCGACAAGCGAUAUGCAAAAUCAAGAAUCUAGAGGCUUCGGAGCUGACGGCACCAACGAGCGUCUUGGUCUUGACUGCAUCUGAGCUACAACCCUCUGAAGUGGCUGCCAUCAAGAGCGAGAUGCGGGAUGUCGUGGGCAGGGCCAGGGAGUUCUCGAUUCAAGUUGCCGCAUUCAUCGACAAUCCAAACGACACGUCCUUGAGGGCGCAUCGAGCGCUGGACAACUUCCGAUCUGGUGAUAGAGACAUUUACGAUGUGACGACUGUGGCCGUCAAGCGCUUUCUGGAGCAAGGUUUGACAGCUGAGUUGCUAGGCAAGGUCCUGGGCAGCCACGACAAGAGGCGUGUGAUCAGGGAUGAAAGCGGACUAUAUGGGAGGGCAACACUGGGGCUUCAUGAUAUAAACCUUCCGUCGUUUCGGGAGGUCAAGACGGCAGUAGGAGUGGAUGAUGAUGAAUAG